AGAAGCAAGAUGAAGUUGUGGGUAUUGAGGGUUCAAUUCCGUAAAGACUGCCGUUUUUGAUUUGAAUCGCUGAGAAGAGGAUUUGGAACGGCGACGGUUGGUUAGGUUAAAAAGAAAAAUCAAAGUGAAUAACAUACGUUGUUAGGAGUGCCACGUGUCAACAAAAGCCCCAUGCUUCCUGAUGAUGUGGAGGGCUAAGGAGAGAGCAUAACCCAACUUUAUAUAUAUAGAUAGUAUUACAUUUUCUAUACUAAAUUAAAUAAAAUUUUUAAAACACUAUAUAAACUUUACGUGUCAUAUUUUUUUCUUCUCGGAUUUUAUAACAGUGCAUAUUCCACACUGAACUAAGCUAAAUUUAAAAACAGUACAUAAAUUUUUAAAAUUGUGUUUAUAUAAGUUGAUCAUCAAAGGUGUUAGUCAUUCGUUAAUUUAUCAAAACGACGUUAUUUUAGAUAAAAUUUUAUAAAAUUUAAAUUUAAAAAUAUUACAUAAACUCUCAAAAUCAUGUUUAUAUCAAUAUAUUUUAAUUUUUAGUAAUACUAUAAAAUAAAUAUUUAAAAUAAUAAUUCAUUUAAAUAAUUAUAGAUUUAUUUGAUAAAACUAAUCGAUCGAAUCCGCUUCAUUCGGGACUUUGCUUCUCAAUUUCAUGAUUCUAAUGUAAUGGAGAUGUAUAUGAAGAUAGUAGGACGAGCAACUAAAGUGUGGUUUUGCAGGAUGUACAAUAACUAGAACAACAAUGUGAACCGUUGUAGCAGGAACAUGAAAGAAUACAAGAAACAUGACCAAUAUGAACAAUCCCUCCAAGGUGUGAACAUUACAAGCCCUUCUAACUUCCUUUUCUUAAUGUUUUGUCCGUACAAUGGCAGGAGGAAGCAGAGAAUGUGUCAUCAAGUCCUUAUAAAACAAUGUGCGUUAGGUGGACGAGUCCAAAGGACAAUAUAUGUAUAUGUUUUUUCUGUACUUGAAUGUUUCAACUCAGCUCAAAUCUACGGAUUUAUCGAAAUCUCUAGAGAUAAUUACUUCUUCAGCUGAUGUAUUGAAUCAAAAUCAACACAAAGUUCUCAAGACAUAUGAAUUAAAUCGAAUCAAUACAAGGCUUAAGAGAAAACUCUUGAUUAAUAUCUUUCAAAAAAAUGAUUAUCAAAAACACAAUAAGGGUCGGUUAUAAACCUCCUAACCCUUCUAAACAGAAAAAACUUAAUAAAAAAAGGCAUUAUAACUUUAUCUUAGAAAAUGAAAUUCUAAAAAGCCGUUAAUUGAAUAACUGUUGCUUGGCGGUGAAGUAAGCAUCAUGCUGCAUCCUUCGCAUCUUCAGGUUUGAUUUCAUUCUGGUCGAUGAGUAAACCGUUGUUCAGAGAUUCUGAAGGAACCGUGCCUGUCGUUGGAGAUGGCAAAACCUGUGAUUUCAACAAGAAAAGAUUGUGAGGAACUCGGAGAGAAGAACAAUCUUUGAGGAUUAUGAGUCAGAGAGAGAGAGAGAGAAGAACAGAGAGACCAAGAAAAAUGAACAAGUUUUUGAGACAAAGAAAACGUACGAAGGGACCAAAAAGUUUAUCAAAACGUGUAUUGAGCCUCUUCAAAUGCUUCUUCAAUCCCCUUGCCUGCAAAUUUUACAAAUAAAAACAUUCAAAACAUACACUAACCAUAGAAACAGAAUACAAAAACAUUAUAGACUGGUCACUGAUCAUAGGAUAUUGUGAACCGUUUUAGAAAGAACAAUACUGUGAACCAUUGUAGCAAGAACAUGAAGAAGACAAGUAACACGACCAUCAACAACAUCCCUCUAAGGCGUGAACACUACAAGCCCUUUUAAAUUGUAUUUAUCGAGCACUUAAUAUACAUUUCCUAGUAUUUUGUCCGUACAAUACCAGGAGAAGGCAGAUGAUGUUAUAACACAAGUCCUUAUAAAACAAUGUAACGUUUACUCUUUUCUCAUGUGCGCUUCUUUCUUACGAGUCGAACAAAACUUAGACUUUGUCUUCCGAAAAAAAAAAACAUAUGCGUUAGGUGGACGAGUCCACAGGAGAAUAUGUAUAUACAUUCUUUUUUUGAACUUGAAUGUUUCGUUUCCCUUCUCACGUAGGAAACACGAAAACACAAUUAUAAACUAACCAAGACAGAGAUAACCAGAGGUCAAAAGCAGAGAUCCCCACGUCUUCUUUUGUUUUCUUGAAAGAUAAGUCUCAUCUUUAUCAUAUCAUAAGAGGUAAGAACAAGAUUCUCUGUGUUUUGCUUCUCACUUUCUUGUUAACUCUUGAACUUUUGUGUCGAUUAGGAUGGAGAACAAACCAAGUAUAUUAACCGAUAAAUACGAGGUUGGAAGAUUACUAGGUCAAGGUCACUUUGCCAAGGUAUAUUACGGAAGAAGCAUCCACACCAACGAGAGCGUAGCUAUCAAGAUGAUAGACAAGGAAAAAAUCAAGAAACCUGGACACAGCGAGCAGAUCAAGAGAGAGAUCUCCGUGAUGAGCCUCGCCAAACACCCAAACAUCGUCGAACUACUCGAAGUCAUGGCGACAAAAACAAAGAUCUACCUCAUCCUAGAGUACUGCAAAGGCGGAGAGCUUUUCGACAAGAUCACAAAGGGGAAAGUGAGUGAGAAAGUCGCUUGGAAGUACUUUCAUCAGCUCGUCAACGCGGUUGACUUUUGUCAUAGCCGUGGAGUGUAUCACCGCGACAUUAAGCCGGAGAAUCUCUUGCUUGACGAGCACGAUAACCUCAAGGUUUCUGACUUUGGUUUAAGUGCACUUGAGGAGUCUAAGCGGGAAGAUGGUUUGCUUCAUACAUCUUGUGGUACGCAUGCUUAUGUUUGUCCUGAGAUUGUUAACCGUGAAGCGUAUGAUGGUGCUAAAGCUGAUGUUUGGGCUUGUGGGGUUGUCUUGUUUGUUCUUUUGGCUGGUUAUCUUCCUUUUUACGACGCAAAUCUAAUGGAUAUGUACGUGAAGAUUGGUAAAGGAGAGUUCAAGUGUCCACGUGGGUUUCCCGUUGAAGCUAAGAGGCUGUUGUGUAAGAUGCUGGAUCCUAACCAUGAGACGAGGAUCACCAUGUCAAGAAUCAAGGAGAGUUCUUGGUUCAGGAAAGGUUUAAAGCACAAGAAGCAACAAGUUAGAGAGGUUAAUCCCAUGGAGGCUGGUGGUUCAGGUCAAAGUGAAAGCCAUGAGCCUCCUCCUCCUCCCAACCUAACAAGCUUAAACGCUUUUGAUAUUAUAUCAUUGUCAUCAGGGUUUGACCUAGGAGGACUAUUCGGAGACGUGCACAAGAAGCAAGAGUCUAAGUUCACGUCUAGAAAGCCUGCUUCGGAGAUUAUUUGUAAGCUGGAGGAGGUGGCUAAGGGGCUGAAGAUGAAGAUAAGGAAGCAAGAGGCGGGGCUGUUUAAACUUGAAGGAGGGAAGGAGGGGAGGAAAGGGAAGUUGUUGAUUGAUGCGGAGAUAUUUCAAGUGGCGGAGACGUUUCACUUGGUUGAAGUGAAGAAAUGUAGUGGGGAUACUGUGGAGUAUCAGAAGCUGGUGGAGGAGGAUCUUAGGCCUGCUCUGGCUGAUAUUGUUUGGGUUUGGCAAGGGGAGAAGGAGGAGGAAGAGCUGGUGUUGCAUGGCUAAUGGUUUUAUUUGCAUGCAUCCAUUUGUAUAGAUAGUUGAUUGUUGUAACAAAUUAGGAGCUCUUUAACCAUUUGUUUUGUUUCAUGUGAGCAGUGUUUGUGAGUUUUAUUGAGGUUUUGGUUGAUACAAUGGAAGGAUGUUAUGAAUGUGGUGUGAUUAAGAUAAAAUCUUGGUGAAGUAUAUAAAAGUUU